CGAGCAUUAGGAAAUCCUGUGUGUAGAGAAGGUUCCAGACGCUGAGUGUGUGUGUGUGUGUUGAACAGGAGAAACCCAGUUCGAUGAGAAAAGAGCCUUUACUACAUCACACAACGAGUCACGCGGCUGGACAUCAUGGUGAAGGAGACAGGCUUUUAUGACGUCCUGGGUGUGAAGCCCAGCGCCAGUCCUGAAGAGUUGAAGAAGGCUUAUCGCAAACUGGCCUUGAAAUACCAUCCGGAUAAAAACCCCGCCGAGGGAGAGAAGUUUAAACAGAUCUCCCAGGUGUACGAGGUUCUGUCCGACACACAGAAGAGAGAAGUGUACGAUCGGGGAGGAGAGGCCGCUAUUAAAGAGGGAGGGACCGGAGGGGGAGGGGGAGGAGGGUUCAGCUCCCCACUGGACAUUUUCGACAUGUUCUUCGGAGGAGGGGGUCGCAUGCGGCGAGAGAGGAGAGGGAAGAACAUCGUGCAUCAGCUGACCGUGUCUCUGGAGGAUUUGUACAACGGGGCGACCAGGAAACUCUCGGUACAGAAGAGGGUCAUCUGUGACAAAUGUGAAGGCCGCGGCGGGCGUAAAGGCGCGGUGGAGGUGUGUCCGUCCUGCAGGGGCACGGGCGUCCAGGUGCGGCUCCAUCAGCUCCUCCCCGGCAUGAUGCAGCAGAUCUCCAGCGUGUGUGGCGGCUGCAGGGGUCAGGGUCAGCGCCUCAGCCACCGCGACCGCUGCAAAGCCUGCACGGGACGCAAGAUCCUGCGGCAGAAGAAGAUCCUGGAGGUGCACGUGGAUAAAGGUAUGAAAGACGGACAGAAGAUUGUUUUCCACGGCGAAGGAGACCAAGAGCCAGGACUGGAACCUGGUGACAUCAUCAUUGUCCUAGAGCAGAGCACACAUCCCGUCUUCACCAGGCAGGGGACAGACCUGACCAUGACCAUGGACGUCCAGCUGGUGGAGUCUCUGUGCGGUUUCCAGAAACCCGUCCAAACGCUGGACGACCGGACUCUCCUCAUCACCUCACACCCGGGUGAGUUGAUCAGACCAGGUGAUAAGAAGUGUGUCCUGAGCGAGGGGAUGCCCGUGUACCGACGGCCCUUCGAGAAAGGUCGACUCAUCAUCACCUUCAACGUGGUGUUCCCUGAGGCGAACUUCCUGCCUGUAAACAAGCUGAAGCAGCUGGAGCAGUAUUUCCCCUCCAUACGUGAGAAGAGCGACCCCGAGAGCAUGGACAACGACCUGUACAUCUACGCCGACCUGGAGGACUGUGAUCUGAGCCACGAGCGACUGCGUCACCACUACGUCGAGGACGAGGACGACGAGGACUUUCACACAGGAGGAGGAGGAGGGGGGGUGCAGUGCCAAACCUCAUAGAGCUUCCCGCCACCGCCUCGAACCCUCAACCUCAGUCUUUAAAUAAUUUGUUAAUGAAAGAGAGACAGAGAGAUCGCAUCCUUUUAAUUAGAUCAAAUGUCUUGUUGUGUUUUUAAUCAUGGGGAGAAUCUCCUGUCCUGAGUCAUGUGACCGAGACAGGUACAGUGUUUGUCCUUUCUUUAUGUUCCUGUUCAAACGCAGCCGAGGUCAGACAGUGAUAACGUACGGCUGCAAAAAAAAAAAAAAAAAACUAAACUAAAAGCCACACUUGUUUUUUUGUUUGUUUGUUUGUUUCUAACAUUUUAAGGAUACUGUGAUUUAACAAGCCAAAAGAUUUUCCUCAGUUGUACGUUAAAAAGCAGUGUUACUGUAACAGGUGAGUUGUUUUAAUCUGUGUGUGUGUGUGUGUGUUGGUGAGCGUAAACUGGAAGAAAGAAAAAGGAAAACAGAUUCUGGCUCAAUAACUCGUCUGAUUCGUCACGUGGUAGCAGCAUUUGCACUAUAAAUAGACUGACAUCUGAUUUGUAUUGUAUUUAUUUGCAGUCAGUUUUUACGUGAAUUAAUUUGCCUUUGAUUUUAACUGUGUUCCUCUUUCCUACACUAAUCACGAUCAGUACGAUUAUGCAGCGGAAAUCUUGUGAUGUAAAAAUGUUUAAAAGCAAAUCCUACUUUCAGUCCUUUCUGCCUGCUGAAGGAUGUUUAUCAGUGAGGCCUUACGUCCAGGUGAAGAGGAGACGGACAACAACAACAACAAUGCCAUUAUAACUUUUUAAAAUAGUUAUGUUUGUUAAAAAAAAAAAUUAUUCUGUUCUUUUUUUAUGUGCUCGUUAUUUCUUGUACUUUCAGGUCUCUUUAUUAUCAGGACCAAUAAUACACUUUAUUUGUACUUUAACUUAUGAAUUAAACUGAAAUCUUUCUUUGU